AUGGCCUCCUUCUCCCCAGAAGAUCCCUUCUUCAACCUCUUUUUCACUCCGGCACCAACUUCGUCCGCCAGGAACGCUAGAAACGGCGGCAGCAGCGUGACAAGGAGUCGCAGCCCAUCGCCAUUCCCCCCUCUUCCUCCCACAUCUACCGCAACCCCAUCUUUGGUCAGGGCGUUGAUGUACUCGACGUCUAUCCCAAUGUCCAUCAUGCCGUCCUCCAAGGAAACUCUCAUCAGCAAGUCGCCAAUUCUCUCCGCCUUGCGCUCCCCGGUGGGCACCGCGUCUGGUCAUCAUCGCAGCUCCAUUUCCUCCACCACCUCUUCCGUUGUGACCACCUCCACCACCUCAGAUGCUGCUGUCGUUGAGGUCCGAGUUACUACCAAGCCCGCGGAGGAGGCUACCAUCGAGGAGCUGCUGGCCCGCCCUCCCCCCAAGCACUCGCUCAGCUACUACGUCAAGAACGCGCGCGACAGGCGCAUGCCCGUUGUUGACCCUGAGGAGGAAAGGAUGCGCUUUGAAAAGGCGAAGGCGGAGUUGUUGGCUGCGAAGGCGGCGUUUGACCUGAAGAUCUAA